AUUACAAAUGACACAAAAAACUACUCAAUUACAGUAACGUGAGUAAAUGUAAUUAGUUACUUUCCACCUGUGCAUAAGGCGCACAGCAGCACAGCAGUACCUGGUGUGUGACGUGUGCAGGCACUGGUCAGGAGCACAUGACUGUAAGGCAGCAGAGGUGAGACAGGUGCAGAUCUCAGGUGUCUUCAUCUAUGAAGUUAGUGCACCUGAAGCCUCGGCCUGGAGACAAGUGUUCAAUACAGAAGACAGGCUCAAACACCAGGCUGCCUGCAGGGGGCGGUCCCUGUCCUGAUGAAGCCCCUCUGUGAUUGGCGGAGUGAGAGGAGCAGGUGUGACGUCAGCCGGUGUUCGCAGGGAGGAGGAGGUCUACCGCAGUGACACCGUCCUGUCUCUCUGUCUCCGUCUGUCUGUCGCCGUCCCGUCUCACCCAUCACCGUCGAUCAGUCGGAUCGAUACUCUGAUCGUCUCUGACCGGAACCAGCAGCAGCAGCAGCCGCGGCGGAAGUCUCGUGCCGUCACCGAGGGAGCACACGGACCGACCUCCAUCUUCAUCCUCUUCAUCCCCACCAUCAUCAUCAUGUCCGGCACCAAGGAGGAGGACCGCAAAGGCUCGAGCGAGUGGCGGGAAUUCUUCUGGAACCCGCGAACUCACGAGCUGCUGGGCCGAACCGCCUCGAGCUGGGGUCUCAUCCUGCUCUUCUACCUGAUCUUCUACCUGUUUCUGGCGGGGAUGUUUGUUCUCACCAUGUACAUCAUGCUGCUGACGCUCGACGACUACAAGCCCACCUGGCAGGACCGUCUGGCUACUCCAGGGAUGAUGAUUCGUCCGAAGGGGGACCAGCUGGAGAUCAGUUUCUCAGUGUCGGACACUGAGAGUUGGGACGGUUUCAUUCAGAACCUCAACAACUUCCUGUCCCCGUACAACGACAGCUAUCAGGUUCAGACCAAUGAUAACUGCCCUCCAGAUCAGUACUUCAUUCAAGAGGACAGUGGAGAGGUCAGGAACAAUCCUAAGCGUUCCUGUCAGUUCAAUCGGACCAUGUUGGAGGAGUGCUCUGGGAUUUCAGAUCGUUUCUAUGGUUACAGCAGAGGUCAGCCCUGCAUCCUCAUCAAACUCAACCGGGUCAUUGGUAUGUUGCCGGGGAAGGACGGUCAGUCUCCUUACGUCAUCUGUGGAGCCAAGAGGGAGGACACUGAAAAGAUCGGACCUUUGGCCUACUAUCCUCCCAACGGAACCUUCAACCUCAUGUACUACCCAUACUACGGCAAGAAGGCUCAGGUGAACUACACUCAGCCGCUGGUGGCCGUGAAGUUCCUGAACGCCUCUCUGAACACAGACAUCAACAUCGAGUGUAAGAUUCACUCCAACACUCUGGCCGACGGCAGCGACAGGGACAAGUUCGCCGGACGGGUGUCCUUCAAACUACGAAUCAACGACAAAUAGACACACACACACACACACACACACACACACACACUCAUACGCUGGUUAAAGCUGCACAUGUCAACAUGUUUCAGUUGUCACACACACACUCUGUCCGUUAGAGCCUCGAACACACCUGUACCUGUCCUCAGUCAUGAUGCGUUCACUGACCUUUAGUUCCCAUCUGAUUGUUUCCUGUACCCAUCCUGUUGCUUCAGUGCAGCUUUAACUGACCCCAAACCCACCAAUCAGCACGCACACACGCUGUGAUGUCACUGAGGACAGACUGACCCACAGGAGGCUCUUCAGGUCCUUCAUCAUCAUCAUCAUCGUCACUCUGCAUGAACACCAAAUUACUGAUCACACAGCUGACGUGUUUACUGUUUAUUUAUUUAUGUCUCCAGUUAUUUAUUACCUGUUUAUUUAUUUGUUGACAUAUUUGUUUAUUUAUUUAUUUAUGGUGAUGUUUUGUUUUUUUACAACUUUAAACUCAUCACAGAGAGCGCCAUUAAUACUGGACCAUCAGGUAAGAAAGGCUCUGAUUGGCUGUUUACAGUACACACACGUCACAAACCAGUUCAACAGAAACCAGUUUAACAAAACCAGUUUAACAUCAGAAAGCAGUUUAACAAAACCGGUUUAACUAAACCAGUUUAACAUCAG